AUGGAAAAGAACCUAUUUUUUGUGAUCUUUUGUAACCUUCUGUUUAUUCCUUCGGCAGCAUGUAAGGACAGUAACAGAAACCAACCUAACAGGCUAAAAAGGGAUUUCAGGCUAUCGCCAAUACAUGCCACUUCCAUGGAAAGUGACCAGUUUGAACAUGGCAGUGAAUUAAAUGGACAUGAACAAAAUAAUCGUAACAGUGACAAUGAUAACAGCAAUGACCACCCUAAUGAUGAUAGCAAAAUAAGAGGCGAAAACGUAAAUACGACUCAUUUACGAAAUAAUUCAUCCUUUAUAUCCUUAAAAAAUUAUAAAAUUGCAAGAAAACCAUCACGAUAUUCAUACCUAGAUAAGGACAAUACAUAUGCAGUUAAUACAAAAAAUAAUGAUAAAAAAAAUAUACAGAAAGAGAUUAAUACUAUUCCAAAUACGUUCAUACAACAAGCUCAAAGUAACACACAUGGAGCAGUUAUUAAUAUAGAUUAUGUUACUGUCUUCAAUGACGAUUUCAGAUUAAUUUCUUUAUUGCAUCCUUAUAAUCCUGAAAUUUAUGCUUUUAGAGAAAUGAAACAUUACUCAGAACAUAACGACGAAUUGAAGAGAGAAGUCAAAAAGGUUAUUGAUGUAGAAAUACAUCGCAUUGAGAAACUUAUAGCUAAUAGUAUGAAUAAAUGCUCAUAUCUAACAAAAGAAUUGAAUACUUUAGUAUAUCACCUAGAAAAUCCAGAAAAUCAUGAAAUUCGAGAAAGUGAAUACGCUGCUAAGAAGCAAAACUACAAAGACAAACUUAAUUCUUUAUAUACAUGCAUUAAAACAAAUUAUAACAGUAAUAAAAAAGAAAUACAAACUUCUAAGAGAAGAAUCUACCAUACUGUAGAUCAAGUAUCGUGCUACUGGUUUAACAUCUGUCCAACAGAUAUAUAUUAUAAUAUGGUUUCGACAGUUCGUUCAAUUCUUAAAAGGUUUAACGAUAGAUACUUUGCUUCAUUUAUAAAUAAAACUACGGAAAUACAAAUAUCUGGUGUAGAUACAAUAAAGAAAAUAAAAGGACAGUUAAAUAAAAGUCUUUCCUCUGAAACAACAGAAUUUAUAUUAGAAGAAGUUGAAUUUGUUGUAGAAGAUAUGAAUGUUCACUUAAGAAAAGUUAUUACUUCAAUUGAAGCUUCGUAUAAACUUUCUAAACAAUCAGUAUGGAGCAACUUCCAAAGAUAUACACUUCAAAAUGAAUUAUUCUUUUUAGCCUACGUUCACUCCACUUUUAAAAUUAGUUCUGGCUUUUUAAAAAAAUUGGAAAAUGUGACCGUCAGCAAAUUAGACAAACUUUAUCAUUCUUUUACAAAAUUCGAGGACGGUCUCAACAACAUAAUAAAUACUCUUAUGUCCUCUACAUAUUAUAUCUCAAGUAUUAAUUCUAUUCUGUCGGAUUCUCAAGAAAUUAUAAAAUCUGUAGAAACAUUACGCAGCUCUAGUUCCGAGCAGAUAAAAGAACAUAUACUUUAUUCGAAUCCCCAAAUAAAAGAGAUUAAGAAAAAUUUAGAUGAAGAAAUACUUAAAUUAGAAGGAUAUCUAAAAUAUGCAAAGGGGUUAAAUAAAGAAGUAAAUGAAACAUUUAAAUUAAAUAUAGCAGCAAGUAAUGAAAUAGAAAAGAAAAGAAACGAAACUACGAAAAACAUGUCUUCUCUAGAAAAAUGUAAGAUACUCCUAGAUAUUAUAGACAAAAUGAAAUCAAAUAAAUAUAAGAUAACCAAAAAUAGUGUAAAAAUAAAUGAAUAUUUAACAAGGAUUAAUACUACAAAAAGAAAUUAUGAACUUUCAGAGAAAAUUAUUAAUGAAUAUGUGCAAAAAAUUAAAGAAUUACUUGAAAAUGAAAAACAAUUUCAUUCCACGAAAGAAGAAAUAAAAAAGCAUUUGAAAUAUUUUCCUGAGACGUUGGAUAACAUAAAAAUGAUUUCCCAUAGGGACAAAAUAGAAAAAUAUAUUCUAAGCAUUGAAAAUUUGAUUAAAGACGCGCCCUAUGUUGCGGACGAAUUUACAACUGAAAAACGGAAUUGCAAAACAAAGCAAAAUCAAUCAUUGAUUCAUUUUAUAAAGAAAUUUACAAACAUUUGCAGACAAUUUAGCAGAAUUUUAUAUAGAACAUCAAGCCUUACACAAGGAAGAAAUACUAAAGAAGAAACUGAAAAAUUGUACGAAAAAACGAAAGAAAAAUAUCAACAACUUGUAGAUAUGAACUGCAAUGAUUUACCCGAAAUGUUAAAUAAUUUGAAUGAUGUGGUAAAUAGUCUCUCACAGCUAAAGAACAAAAUUAUACAAGAAAAUACUCAAAAUAUCAACAAAAAUAUGUCAAGUUCGUUGGACAAUCUAACUGAAGAAACUAACCGAUUAAAAAAUAGCCUGAAGGACUACGAGCAAAAUGCGGACAAACUGAAAACCUACAUAAAUAGCAUAAAUGAGAUGAAAGACAAAAUUCGCACUAAUUUAAUCGAAAAAAAUGAAGACAUUCCAGAAGGAAAAACCAUCUAUGAAGAAUAUACAAAGAAUAAGGGCGAUGUUACUAAUAAGGAAAACACACUAACUCACGAUAUUGACGUACUCAAAGAAAGUAUAAGAAAGGCUAACGAACAAAUUGAAACUUACAAGAACGUAAUGCAAAAGUUAGAAACACACAAUGGUGAGGAAUAUCAAGAAACUAAAACUUCUUUAGAAGAUUUUAAAACUAAAAUCGAAAAAUUAGAAUUGGAAAAACUUCAAGAUGAAUUCAGGGGUCACAAAGAAUCCGUUAGUAGUACCAUAAACCAAAUAGAAAAUACGAAAAAGAUUAUAGACACACUUAAGUCUUUAAAUAUUCUCACAAGGAACUCCAAAACAAACACACAAUCGAUCCUAAAAAUAAAAGAGAGCAAGAAUAAUUUAGUAAAAAAAAUAGAUAAUCAUAUUCAAACAUUAAAUAGUUACAAUAUAGUAGAAGAAAAAGAAAGAUCAUCCCUUUUGAAAACGUUAAAUGAAGAAAAAAAUAAUGUAGAAAGUAAAAUACCUGAUGCGUCAAUAUCUAAAUUAGAAGAAGAUGAAAAAGCUUUGCAGGAUUACUGUGAAAAUGAAAAGAGCAAUAUUGACAAACUCAUGGUAACCAAUUCGGGUGUUCUGGAAACACAUAAAACUCAGUGCCAUAACAGAGAACUAGAAAUAAACAAAUUCAACGCUAAUUAUCAAGUAUUAGAAAAAAAAAUAGAAGAGUUGGUAAAAGAUCAACAUAGCCAAAUUAUAAUAUUGGUUGAUAAACUCAUAACAACGAGGGAUACGGAGAUAAAUGAAAAAAUCGAGCUGAACCUAAAUUCUCUAAAGGGUAUGAAAACAAAAUUAGACGCUUUUAAUUUUGACGAAGAUGUUAAAAAUGACAUAAACGAUGCGGUUCAAAGCAAAAUAAGUGCUUUUAAAGAAAAUGUGAAAAAUACAUUGCAAAAUAUAGAUAAUGAAAUCGGAAAAAUAAACGGAAUUAAACAGAAAUACAAUGCAUAUAUGGAAGGAUUCAACAAAGAAAAAGAUAAAAACACCGAAUUCAAAGACAAAAAAGAGAACAUGGAAAAAAUUUAUGAACAAAUGAAAGAAAGCACACUCAACGAAAUAGACCAAGUAGAAAAAGAAAUCAGUAUAUUAAACCAAGUAAAAAAAAUCGAAAUGGAACACACAAGAAUUUUAAUUCAUCACGUUGUUCACAUGAUCGAUGAGGAAAGCAAAAAAGCUAAAUCGGUAAUGGAGGAUAUCAAAUCAUCUAAAAGCAAAAUUGAUGAAAUCAAAGUUGAAACUGAAGAAUUCAAACAGAAGAAUAUGAAUAAUUUUGAAUAUGCAAAAUAUUACAAUAUGGCUACACAGAGCAACACUAAAAUAAAUGAACUUUAUGAAAAUGCUACAAGGGAUAAGGAAACGGCUGACAAAAGUGAAGAUAUAAAAGUAAUAGAACUUAUCCAAAAAAAUAUUAAUGGCAAUCUGCAACAAAUCAAAGAACAAUAUAAUUCUAUGGAGGAAAUAAGAAAACAAAUUAAUAAUAUGAAAGGUUUACUAGCUUUGAGUAAUUCUAAUACGAUAGCUACAGAAAUAAUAAAUAAUACAAAAGACGCAUUAAGAUUUAAGCAGGAAGCGGAAAACGAACUUAAGAAAUCAAAAGAAUUAUUAAAAGAUGUAGAAGCUCAGGUAGCUAAGGUACAGGAACAUAAAGGAAAAAUUGUCAUAACCUUAGAAGAUGAACAAAUAAAUGCCCAAGUAAACGCGAUUGAACUAAUUAAGCAUGGAAUUGUGAAUAAAAAAAAAGAAAUGGAGUCCUAUUUAGACAAGAUAAAAGAAUAUAAAGACAAAUGCACAACCGAAAUCAGCAAUUCAAAUAGAGGAAAAAAUAAAAUUGAAUUCUUGAAAAAGGUUAACCACAGCAUGAGAAGCAGUUCGAAUAACGUUAACAUGGAUCAGAUAAACGAAAAUAUAGAAAAAACUCAACAAUAUUUAAAGGAUGUAGAAGAUCUAGAGAGACAAGCUACUGACAUUGUAAAUUUAUUCAUGAAGCAUGAAGAAACGAUCAAUAAUACUUUCCAGCAAUCUGAGAUUCUAGGAAUAGAAACUAAAUCGAAAAAAAAAUUCAACAAAGCAACAGAAAUAAUGAAAGAAAUUGAAAAACAGAAUUCUGAAAUUCAAACAAAAGUGAAUGAUUUCCAAGAAAAACUGAACAAGUUAAAGGAGCCCGAUAAUACCGACGACGCAGAAGAUGAGCUUAAUAAUGAGACGUCUGCCAAGGCAAAAGUACUUAUACAGACGAACCUAGAAAGAGUCCAAUAUAAUUUAUCCCAAGUUGCUGAUAUUAAGCAGGAAGGGGAUAACAUAUUUAAUAGAGCCACAGGCACGAUGAAUUCCGUAACAGACCCCUCUCAAAAUAAGGAUACUAAAACAUUAGACACGGUAAAAAGUGACGAAUCUAAAUAUAUACAGUGCUUAUCCCAAAUAACUGCAGAUAAAAACCUAAUCGUCGCAGAAAUGAAUAAGCUAAACGGCAUAAGUUCCAAUAUCGUAAGUAUAGAAAAGGAAUUGAAUGAAUCCAGAAAGAAUUACGAAAUUGGACUUCUGCAAAAGAUAGAUGAAGUAGGUAAAAGUAGGAAGACAAAUAUUGAUUUAAAAAAUGAGUCCAUAAAUUCAACGAUUAGCUACUUUUCUUCCCUGUUCAGUGGCCUAGAUUUAAAUCAAUACGACUUUAAGAAAAAUAUAGAUGAUUACCAAAAGAAGAUGAAAGAAAUACAUGGCAAAUUUGGCGAAUCGAUGAACAAAAUUGCUGAAAAUUUAAAAAAGGCGUCAGAGGAGAGCGCAAAUUAUACCUUAGCGAAUCAACUCAGACGAGAAGCUCAACAGGAAAAAGCCAAACUUAUAAAUAGCGAAGAAGAAGCAAGCAAAUACAUAGAAGAAAUUAAAAAAGUGGAAUCUAUCAGAUUUAUAAAUCACAUGAAAGAAAAUUUAAACGAAAUAAGCACAUCGAUCGAAAAAGAAAAAUUAAGAAUUAAUGAAGGAUGUGAAUACAUCAAACAGCUAGUUGAAGGUAUUAAAAACGCAGGUGAUGAACGCGAUGUAGCAGAAAAAUUAAAACAGGUGGAAGGAAAAAAUGCAGAAGUGCAGACAAGAAUGCACUCUACGUAUAAAAACUUGGCAAAAGAAAUGUUAGAACAUAUAACUACCUCUGCAAAUUUUAUGAAUAUUAAAAUAAUUCCAGAAUUGUCUCUAACCGAGGCACACGUAAACGAAGCAGUAGAAUUAAAAUUUCAACCGGAUGGUAAAGUAACCUUAGAAACAGGAAACAUCUCGAAAAGCGCAAACGAAUUGGAUGUCCAGAAAAAUAUACAGGAAGCUUACCAUCUCGCUUUGGAGAUAAACAAAUGUGCAAACGAAAUAGAAGCACAGCAAACGCAAAACAAACUCUUACUCCUCACAGUAAACGUACUAGAUUAUAAAAUUAAUUUCAUAAAUGAAUUAAAAGAUAAAGUAAAAAUUGCAAAGAAUAAUGAAAAUGCUGUAUCGGGUAAAAUAGUUAGCAUUUCUAGCAAGAUUGCAGAAUUAGACAAACUUUCAUGCAGUGGAAAAAGUUAUGAUAAUCUUUUUAGAAAAAACGAAGCAAACAGAAUUAAAAAAAAUAUACGUGAUUCCUUUAAUCAAGUAAAGAGAAACGCAGGUAUUGACUUGAAUUUGAAAAAUAUAAAUGAAGCUUUUGUCACUUCACAAACAUCCUUAAAAAAUGUUGAACAGGUAGUUGAAACUUUAAAAGCAAAUGAAAUCAAUGCUGAAAAUCUGCAAGACAAAAGUGCUCAGAUCGAAGCAGUACAUAACAAAAUAGUAAGCAUAGAGCAAAAUAUUGCAAGUCUAAAUACAUCCUUGGACAAUUUACUAAACAAGGGAAGAAAAUGCGAAAUAGAUAUGUACACAUCCUUGAGGGAUAGUGUUAAAAGCAAAAUAAGUGCAGACGAAGAAAUAAUCGAUAAUAUGCAGAAGUAUACUAGUCAAUAUUUGGCAUAUGUUGAAAAUAAUUAUAACGCCACACUGAAGGACAUCCUUACAUUAAAUGAACAUUUUGGAAACAAAAUGGUAACUGAUCACGCUGCGACUAAUUUUGAAAAAUCAAAUAAAUCCUCGGAAGCAUUAUCUACAACGGUCGAUCAAGCAAGGGUCACAAUAAACAAUAUAAAAAAUGCCCUCAUAGAAGUUAACGAAGAAACUGAAUUUACUUCGUUAGAAAACAGCGCAAAAGAAAUAGAAAAGCUUUACAAUAUAUUAAAUGAUAAAAAAAACGCAGUGAACGAAAUUUACAAAACAUCCACUUUAGUUAAAUCGAAAGAAAUGAAAUCAAAUGCUGCUAAAUAUAACGAUAUGGCUAAAAUAUUCAACAACGUGCUAGACGCCCAAAAAUCGAGAAUUACAAAUAACAAGAGUAAUGUAACCCGCAUUAAAGACACGAUAAAUACACAACUUUAUAAUUUAGAAGCCACGGACAGCACAUUUACAUUAGAAUCCAUAAAUGCUUUUCAUGAAUUAAGCGAUAACAUUAAAACGAAUAUAGAUGAAUUGGAAAAGCUAGAACAAACUAAUCGCCAAGAACAUAAUAAUGUGAAAACGCAUAAAGAACGAAUUGAACAUUUAAUAAACAGAAGAGACAGCCUGAAAAAUGCAGCAAAAGAAUACGAAGAAGAUGCAAAUUUAAAAAAAUUAAGAGGGGAAAUACCAAAUCAGGUAAUUAAUGACAUAAGAACUGCUAAUGAAGAACUUAAAAACUCAGAUGAGCUGUACAACAAAUUAAUGAAUAAUGUUGAAGAAAAUAAUGAAUUGUGUAAAAAUAACUAUACAGAAAAUUACGUUUCUCAAGUACUGCAAAAAAUCGAGGAUCUGAAAAAACGCUUCACACAAAAUUUACCAGAAAGGGAAAAAGUUUUACAAAUUGAGAGCAACUUUAAUGAUAUUAAAUCCAUAUUUGGUGAAAUAAAAACGUUUAAUAACGUAGAAGAAUUUGUAACGAACAUGUACAAACAAAUUGAUGGUGAAAAGGAAAGCGUAAAGAAUCAGACAGAUAUUGAAAAAAUAAAAUUGACAAUACAAAAUAUUACAAAUAAGAAUGAAGAAGUGAAAACUUAUUUAUCCAAAUUUACUAAUGCCCUAGAAAGAAUAAAUGUCAUGAAAAAAGAAAUAGACGAAUUAUUCAGCUUAUUACUACCCACAAAUAAUACGAAUGAAAACGAAAAUGCAAAAAGGUAUGUAAACGAUUCGGCAGAAAUCAUUAAUGAACUAAAUAGCCAUAUUUCUAAAAUAAUCAAACUAAAGAAUUAUGCUGAAGGCAUGAUAACCGAAUUAGAAGCAGUAUCUAAGUCAAUACGCCCACCUGCUAAUGACUCAAAGGAUGAGACGCAAAUGCUAUCAAACGAAACUGGCAGCACACAUUACGGCAAUUCACAGAGUGAUGGUCAUUCAAGGGCAAAAGAUGCAAGUGGAACAACUCGUCUGGCAGGAGGCUUUAUUAUUGGUUUGUCUGUCAUUUCUGGAGUUUUCCUAUUAAACCGUAAGAACAAUCCUGAUGAAGAAGAGGAACAACAUGAACACUCCUAUCAUGAAACGUUUGAGGGUAACAACGACUAUAAUGUGCAAGAUAAGGAAGAAGUCAUCGAAGUUUGUUUCAAUGACAGCGAUUAG